AAGUUGAACAAACCUGAAAAAAAAAAUAAACUUUUUUUUUUCUUCUUUUUUACAUUUUUAUUUUUUCAUUGAAAAAAAACAUUUUGAAAUGGCUCGUGGUCAACAAAGAGAACAAGCGAGAGCAAAAGCACAAAAGGAAGCAGCGAAACGAGCUGGAGGUGUAUCUCAAUUAGGUGCUCGUGCAGCAGGACUUCAGAUCAAGUGUCCAAAGUGCUUUAUCGCUAUUGCCAAUUACAACCUUUUAAAACAACAUAUGGAAGCCAAACAUCCCAAGGAAACCGUACCUCCAGAGAGCGAUUUCCAAGCCAAAGCAUAGAUUUUUAUUAUAUAUAUAGAGGGAGAGAGAGUAGCCCAUACACUACAUUACCAUUUUUUGAAAAAAAAAAAAAAAAAAAAAAA